CUUCACCCUCCGCCUGCUGCCAGUGGAAACCACGUGCUACGCCUCCCAGGAGGAGAUUGCCACGGCCAUUCGACCUCUCCUUGCCGCCCACUUCCCUCCGAUCGCCCAAUCAUCAAUCGACAUGUCAGAAGUCCAGCCGAAGGGAUCAACGUUCGGAAUCAUAUUUGAGAAGCGAUCCAACGAAGGGCUUGAGAGGCACUGUAGCCAAGCUGGUGCCCGCUCCGCAUAAAGUGGACCUCCGGAAACCGGACAAUACCAUGAUGCUGCAAGUGGUGAAG